AUGAGUUUCCUGAGGAAUAUCAUUAAUGGAAUAAAGUCGUCAUUUCUAACAGACCCCAGUAUUCCUAAGUCAAGAUAUGUAAUUUUAAAUAAAUUACAUUCAGCUCGAUUUAGUAAAGUAUAUCAUUGUAGAUUAAGAGAGUCAGGAAAAGAAGUCUGUGUUAAAAUUUAUCAAGUAGGAGAAAAAGAACGGAAUAAUGAAGUAUUAGAAACACAAAUAUUAAAUGAGAUUAGUAUAUUAAGAAGAGUAAAUCAUCCAUGUAUAUUAGGAUGUUUGAAUGUCUACUUAACAUCACAUCGAGCAGUGAUGGAGAUGGAAUAUAUGAAUGGAGGAGAUUUGUUUGAUUAUCUUGUGAAGAAUGGAAUUCAAAAUGAACAAGUAGUUCGACAAGUUGCUAUACGAUUAAUGAGUGCAGUAAAAUAUCUUCAUAGUGUAAGUAUUACACACAGAGAUAUUAAAUUAGAAAAUAUGUUACUUGAAAAACCCAACGAUAUUUCUUCAGUCAAGCUCAGUGAUUUUGGGUUAUCAGUUGAAACUGAAAAAGAGACAUUGAUGACUGAACAAGUAGGAACUUCUUAUUAUAUGGCACCUGAAUUAUAUCGAAGAUUGCCUUAUGGUAAUAAAAUAGAUUGUUGGUCAUGUGGUGUUGUUCUUUAUAGUCUUCUUUGUGGAACAUUUCCAUUUGCAGGUGAAGAUCAAGAACUUGUUUCACACAUAUUAAGAGGAAAAGUGACAUUUCCAAAUGACAUCAAAAUAUCUGAUGAUUGUAAAGAUUUUAUUUUA